AUGUCGGCCGACUACCUGAGCAUGGACAGCCGACUGGCCAGUGACUACGAUGACACGGCGGACCGAGGGCGGGGCUUUACGGAUAACGAGCUGGACAAUGACGCGCGCGAUCAACUGCGGUGUCAGCUAUCAGCCGCUCCUCUGAGCCCGUGCUUGCAGAGGAGUCCCCUCAAGGUGAAGCUGUUGUUCAGGGAUGAAGUAGUCCCUCCCAGGGGGGUAGUAGGGGCGUACGACCCCCCCUCCAGCCGCGGCUACGACUCCCACUCCUCCAGCCCUGCCAGCGACCCCCCUCCUCUCCCUCGCACCCUUAACUCAUUUGGCAAGGCCAAGCCACUGGCACCUCCCCCCAUCGCCAUCAAACCUUCCUAUAAUACCCAGGACACCACCCGCAGCACGGCCCCAAACACAACAGCCUUUAGGGGCCCGGAGGAGCCAGGGGAGAGCCCUGAGGACCCCAGCCUCAAGUCGUUCCUGGGGAAGAUCAAGGCCUUUGAGAAGAUGGACCACUUUGCACGCGCUCAGAGGAUGCUGGAGCUGCAGGAGGCACAGAACGCCAGGUUGGAGAUAGCUCAGAAGCACCCAGACAUCUAUGCUGUCCCCCUGAAGACCCAGAAACUGGACCACAGCCGGCCUCAGCCUAUAGGUUCCAGCUCGCAUCCUGAGCCCCAGACCCCUCCCUCCAAGCUACCGUACUCUGAGAGUCGUGGGUUCUACCUCAGCGAUGAGGAGGAAGAGUACCGACGCCAGCUGGCUGAACACACCAAGAGAGGCUACUACCAGGUCAACAACCAGAAAUACCAGGACACUGAACGUACAGCACCAUCAACACGAAUACAGACACGAAACUGUAGGCUCACCCCUACAACCAGAAAUACAGGACUACUGAAAUGUAGAUACACAUCACCAGAAAUACCAGGACACUGA